AUGGAUUUUGAAGCUACCCAGUGUCCAAGCCCUCCUUCCUAUGUCCCCAGACUCUUCCUACAGAACUCAGAUAGCAUGACAUUCUCUCAGCGAGUGAAGAACAUGCUGGUUUAUAUGCUGGAGUUUGUUUACUGUAAGCCAAUAUUUGCUCCAUUUGAAGAACUUGCCUAUGAGAUUUUGCAAAGGAAAGUGACAGCUACAGACUUGCUAAGCCGUGCAUAUGUUUGGCUACUGAGAUACGAUUUUGUGUUUGAGUUCCCAAGACCAGUGAUGCCAAACAUGGUUUUUAUUGGAGGGAUAAACUGUGAGCAGAAGCAAAACUUGUCUCAGCUCUUAUUACUUCUCUGCUAUAUUGGAUGAACUUUAUCCUUUGGUGGGAAGCUCUUGGUUGUGCCUCAGGAUGGAAGUCACUGGCUCAGCAUGCGUAUGGUUCUGGAGAAACUCUGGGAGAAGGGGCAUGAAAUUGUUGCAGUGAUUCCUGAGGCCACUUUGCUCAUGAAAAGCUCACAAUCUUUCACCAUCAAAACAUACUCUGUGCCUUACACACAAGAGUUUCUGGACAGAUUCUACCAUUCCAUUGGUGAAAACAGUUUUGCUAACCCUCCUCUUCUAGAAAAAAUUUCGGGUUUAAUCAACAACAUAUCAGAAGGGACCAGAAUGUUCUCUACUACUUGUCGACAUCUCUUAUACAAUGAAGAAUUAAUGAAGUACCUGCAGGACAGCAACUUUGAUGCCAUUAUGAUGGAUCCUGUCUUGCCUUGUGGACCAAUUAUUGCUGAGCAUCUCUCUCUCCCUUCAGUGUACUUCAUGCGUGGUCUUCCAUGUACCUUAGACUACAAAGCUGCCCAGUGUCCCAGUCCUUCUUCUUAUGUGCCAAGGAUAUUCAUGUCCAGUUCAGAUCACAUGGCAUUUAUGGAUCGUGUGAAGAACUUCUUGAUUGGGUCUUCAGAGCAUUUGCUUUGCCAUCUGUUUUACUUGCAAUAUGAAAACUUAGCUUCUGAGUUUCUUCAAAGGGAUGUUACAGCACUAGAACUCUUUAGCAAAGCAUCAAUUUGGCUGAUGAGAUAUGACUUUGUGUUUGAGUAUCCGCGCCCAAUAAUGCCAAAUAUGGUCUACAUCGGAGGCAUCAACUGUGAGCAGAAGCAGCCACUAUCAAAGGUUCCGCCAGAGGGAGCUAAUCAGAAAUGCAGUCUCGCCCCAAACCACUUUGGUUCUUUUUUGGGGCACUCGUUACAGGUCUAUAAACACAUGAGCAUAUUCCACCACACAGCACUAACCUGUGACGCCAGGUGA